AUGGAUAAAAACCUUUUUCUCAAUGCUGGAAAUCCACCAUUGCAACACUUUGAGCCCUCAAUGCCCACAUGGCAAUCCCUAUCUUCAGCUGUGGAGCUAAAUUGCUCUUCUGAUCAAUCUUCGGACUGUUUUCUUAAUCCCCCCUAUUGGGACAAGUCUAGUGAUCAAUACACCCAUUUCGAGUCAGCCCUGAGCUCAAUGGUCACAUCCCCUGCUGUUUCCAAUUCAGCCAUGUCCAAUGAAAGCUUUGUAAUCCGUGAAUUGAUCGGAAAAUUGGGCACCAUUUGUAACUCCCGUGAGAUCUCACCUCCUUUAAUGGCUGCCACAACGACGGGGACUCCUUACAUAGGUGGUGGAAAUAACAGUACUAACACUUCGUGUUAUAGUACUCCUGUGAAUUCUCCACCUAAGUUACGUAUGGCAAUUAUGGAUCAAUUAGUGAAAGAAAAUUUGCCCAAUUUGAGAAAUUCAAUGCCUUUGAAUCCUGCUUUGCCAGUGGUCUCGGCUGAUCCCGGGUUUGCCGAGAGGGCUGCAAAGUUUUCUUGCUUCGGAAGUCGUAGUUUCAAUGGUCCAAAAAGUCAAUUUGGGCUAAACAAUACUGAAUUACAAUAUAGAUCUAGUGCUCCAUCGUUGGGAAGUGGAAUGUUACCCAGAGUUUUUAGUAGUCCUUCCCUUAAGGCCGCCGAAUCUCCAAUGGAAAACAAGCACUCUGCCCAAACCCAGAUGGGAAUGAGGUCUGACAAUGGCUUUGGUUCGGUUUCUGAUAAGAAAUUGAGUAAAUUAUCAGGGUCAGCUGCAAAUUCAAAUGAGGAAUCCUCUGUUUCUGAACAAAUCCCUAGUGGGGAAACCGGCUCAAAAACUCCAAAUGAAAUGAAUUCAAGGAAAAGAAAAGCGGUUUCUAGGGGAAAAUCGAAGGAAGAUGUACCAAUUCAGUCUGCCACGAAGAUAGCAGAAGCUGAUGAUGAUACAAAUGCAAAGAGACCUAAGCCGACAGAAGAAAAUGGAAACGAAUUUGGCGGAGUCAAAACAGAGGAGGAAACAAAGGGAAGUACUAAUGACGAAGGAAAUGAAAGUCAGAAACUAGCCAGGGCCAAUACAAAGCCUCCGGAGCCCCUAAAAGACUACAUUCAUGUCAGAGCAAGAAGGGGUCAAGCUACUGACAGUCAUAGUUUAGCUGAAAGAGUCCGGCGAGAAAAGAUCAGCGAACGGAUGAAGCUUCUCCAAGAUCUUGUACCAGGUUGCAAUAAGGUGACUGGAAAAGCACUUAUGCUCGAUGAAAUUAUAAACUAUGUACAGUCGUUGCAACGCCAAGUGGAGUUCCUCUCUAUGAAAUUAUCUACUGUAAAUCCAAGCCUGGAAUUUAACAUGGAUGGUCUCCUUUCAAAGGAGAUAUUCCAACCCAAUGGCUCUUUGCCACAUCCAGUACACCCAUUAGAUCCCUCUGCACCAGCUUUCUAUGGACACCAGCCACAGCAAAGCCCACAACAGAAAAACAUUUCCGCUGGACCAGCAAGCCAAUGCUCAGCAGACAAAUUAGAUGCAACAUUCUGCCGCAACUUUGGGAUGCAAUUACCUCCAGUUGAAGGAUUCAGCGAAGGUGUUUCUCAGUUCCCAACAUUCUGUGAGGAUGACCUACAGAGCAUUGUUCAAAUGGGUUUAGGCCAAAGCCCUAACCAAGCUACUGAAUUUCGGUUACAAAGUUUCCCUGGUAAGAGGGCAAAAUUAGAGUAAACUUCAAAGCACCAUGAUUUAUUCUAAUCUACUAGUUGCUUAUAGUUGGUAUUCUUCUAAUGCAGUCCAAAAUCAAACAUCCUGCAUGAAAAUUGAGCUUUGAUCACAUCUCCUUUGUCCUCAAUUCAAGGCCCAAAGAGAUAAAGAGGCUGCUGUAUAUACAAAAAAGAGAUUUUUUAGUUCUGAUUGGCGCACAAUUUCUAAUUCAUCUUCAGGUCUAUUGCAGAGAAUGUCUUUCCUCUAAGUUUUAUCUUAUUUUAUGUUUUUGUAAUUGAUUUGUCUUCUAAUUUUUUUUCGGGUUGAAGUAUUCGAUGUAUAAUCCUAGAAGCAAUAGUGUUUUUUGGUGCAAAGUAACAGCACCACAUUUAAUCUAAAUGUAAGAUAUAUUUCUAAGCAAAGUAAUGAGGAGUGGAGAUCUUCCACCAGCUUUUAUUUUCC